UUCGUGACAGCGGGGGGGGCGUACCCCGGCAGGAGAGGCGGCCAAUGGGCAGCGAGUUCUGUCUGCGUCAGGCGGGCGCUCGCGGCGGUGCGGCUGCGGGUGGAGGCACCAUGGUGGAGUACCGGAUUCGUCCGUACCGAGAUGAGGACUACGACGCGGUGCGUGAGGUCUUUGCGGCCAGCAUGAGCGAGUACGCGCCCGCCCUGUGCCAGCACGUCCUGCGGCAGCCGUGGGUGCUGCUGCUGCUGGGCUGCACCUUCUGCCUGCUGCUGGCCAGCGCCCGCUCCCUCCUGCUGCCCGUCUUGGCCGUCACCCUGCUGCUGGCGCUGGCCCGGCACCUCCUGGGUUACGCCUGGAGCGCCUACAUCGAGCGCUGCCUCGCCGACGACCUGCACGACAUCGCCGCUUCCUACGCCGAGAGCGCCGGUGCCCGCUUCUGGGUGGCAGAGGUGGACGAGAGAGUGGUGGGCACGGUGGGCGCACGGCCGGGUGACGCCGAGGGCGAGCUGGCCCUGAAGAGGAUGGCGGUGCGGAAGGGUUACCGAGGCUCGGGCAUCGCCACGGCCUUGGGGCGCACCGUGCUGGCUUUCGCCCGGCAGAGCGGGUGCCAGGCUGUGGUGCUCAACACGCUGAUGGUGCAGCACGAGGCCCGUGCCCUCUACGAGCGGCUGGGCUUCUGCUGGCAUCGCCGCUACGUCUUGCCAACCGUCUACGGCCACUUGGCCAACUGCACCAUCACUGUCUACCGCUACGACCUGUCCAGUGCUCCCUGAGCCCUGCUGCAGCGCCAGGGCUGGGCAUCGUGCCCAGGCACUGCCAUGGCCAGGCGCAUGCCCUGCAUGGGGACAAGGGGCAUGGAGGUGCUGGGGGAUGGUGGGCAUCGUGCCCAGGCACCUGCAUGGCCAGCCAUGUCCCCCUGACCACACGAGCUAUGCUGCUGGCUGCUGCUCUGCACUGGGCUUACCAGACAUGACUUUGCCAAGUGGGCCCUACUCAGGAAGUGUCCUGCACACUGGCACAGGUGUGGCAUGGGGGGUAGGGACCCUCAUGCCACAUGCAGUGGGGUCUGCAGGGCUCAAAGGGCCCCCAUGCCCUGAGGAUGUGUGGGUGCUGUGCUGCUUCCCACCAAGCCUUCCUUGGGCUGGGAGAGGUUUCCAGGGAGAGGCUGUGCCCCGCCUGGCCUGGGCACCUCUGUGUUCCCUGGGGGAAACAGCUGCUCAAGGGAGACUCCCCCCCAAGCUGUGUGCCCCACCUAGGUGCCUGCAGGUCAGGUAUUGCCCCUGUGUGGGGUGGAGAAAUAAAGGA